ACGGUUGCUGCGGCAGAGAGGAGUGCACGCGCGCGUGGGAGUGGGACACGCCGGUAACCACGCUUCCCCCAAAAAUCCGUGCUUUCCACUCGCCGCCGCGCCGCGCAGCCAUCCCAUCCGCAGCCGCCGCCCACCACCACCACCACCACGACGCUCUAUAUAUAUAUUGCCCCCCACCUCAUCCCCCACGCCGCUCACCACCACCGCAGCUCCGGCGAUCGACCGACCGAUCUCCGGCUCCGGCGGUCGAGCCACCGAUCUUUAGCUGCAUAUAUAUAUAACAAGCUAGCAUGGAUCAUCGCCGGAGGGGACUGGCCCUGUCGCUGUUGAUGGUGGCGGCGGUGGCGUCGGCGGACUUCGCGGCGGACAGGGCGGAGUGCUCGGACAAGCUGGUGGCGCUGGCGACGUGCCUGACGUUCGUGCAGGACGAGGCGGCGGCGCCGACGCCGGACUGCUGCGCGGGGCUUCGGACGGUGCUGCAGGCGAGCCGCAAGUGCCUGUGCGUGCUCAUCAAGGACCGCGACGACCCCAACCUCAACCUCAAGAUCAACGUCACCAAGGCCCUCUCCCUCCCCUCCCUCUGCAACGCCCCCGCCAACAUCUCCGACUGCCCAAGGCUAUUGAACCUGCCACCCAACUCCACGGAAGCUCAAGUCUUCUUGCAGUUCGCCAAGCAGCAGGCUGCCAUGCAGGGCAGCCCCAGUGCAUCCCCUGCAGGUGGGUCGGGUGGUGCGACCACGGGCGCGCAGAAGAGCGGGGCAGCGGCCGGCGGGGGCCCCGCUGCGAUGAGGCGGUGGUGGUUGGGAGUGGACGGAGUCGGUGGCGGCGGCGCACGCGCGGCGGUGCUCCUCCUCUUCUCCGGCGCCGUCGUCCCGCUCGCGGCGCCUCUCCUGCUCGCCCUCUGAUGGUGCCGCCCCGAAAGGACCCAUCGAUUAAUCUCGACCGUUAGCGUGUGCAUCAACGGCUAAGAGUGGGUGAGCGAGUGACAUAAUAUUAUAUGGAGAUGACUACAUUUUAGCAUCCUUAAGAAAACACUUAGGCACUAAACUUUUAGUAUAAAAUUUUAGGAUCUCUGGUUAUAUAACAUAUAGAGGUGCCUAAUUUUUAUACUAUAAAAUAUAUAUCUCCAGGUAUGCUUUUAAGGAUGGGAACAAAGAUUAUAAUUAUUGUUGUAGCAUCUCAUGAUCAAGCUAGUUAAGCUGGUCUGUUUGGGUUGUGUCGUGGUUUCGGUGUGAUAUCGAGGCCUUGUCUAGUUCUUAAAAAUUUUUUCCAAAAACAUCACAUCGAAUCUUUGGACACC